AUGGUGAGACUUCCCCCACGAUUGAAACAACUAACUUGGCGCAAGAGUUUUGUACAUUCUGAAGUGGGGACAUCCUGGAAGAAGCGGCUCUACAGUACCCUCAGCGGCGGCGGCAGUGUUGCACGCUGCAAGGACGAGGGGGAGUUGCACAAAUAUGUAUGCAUCGUGCCGUACAAGAACGACAACAUCCUGUCGUUGGAGAAAACGUAUGACUCAAAGUAUCCCCACGUGGUAAGCGAAAACAACAUUGAAGUGGAGUCCAAUUUGAAAUAUAUUUACAAGAUUUUGCUAACCAGUCGAACAGUGGAACAAAUACGAUUGGUGUUACACAAUUCGUACUGCGCCUAUGAGAAUAACUUUAUAAACGACAUUAGGAACAUUAACUGGUCUGCAUACAUCCCUUUCAGCAGUGUCUUCAUAGAGCCACAAAUAAAUGUAAAGAGCAUAAAGUCAAGGCUGUUCCACACUUGCAUGAUUAAAAAUAUCAUCUUAAACGUGAUUAAAAAACAACAACAAGUGUAUAUAGAAAAAAACGGAGAUGAAAAUAUUCUUUUGAAGAAGAAGAAACUCAAUCCGUCUUCUCUUCAGCCAUUAAAAAUACAUGUCCUCUUCCGUUACAACGAAUUAAGUAUUAGUGUAAACAUAAGUAAUGACUUAAACAGACGUUUAUAUAUUGCACACAAAAAUGAAAGUUCAUUAAAGAACACAAUCAUAGCUUCUGCAUUGUUUAAAAUUAACAUUUUUAAUUACACCAAUGGAGGAAAAAACUUAUAUAUCGUGGAUCCCUUCUGUAAUGAUGGCUGCAUUCUUUUGGAAACCCUUUCCAUUUUAAUGACUGCCCCUUGUGGGUCUCCUAGUAUUAACUACCCCAUUGUAUCCUUUCCUAUGCAUUCCCCUUCUGCAUUUUUCGAAGCUUUAAAUGAAGUGAAUAUGACACCAAGGAAGUUCACCGACCGAGUGUUCCUCCUUGGGGUUGACGAUAGUAAAGAGCACAUAAGAAAAGCUAAUGCAAAUUUGAAGAGACUCUUCCUGACUAUGCCGCAGUCUGUUGAUGAGGAUGAUAUAAAGAUGAAGGGAGAUAUCCCUAUAUCGAAAGAGGGGAUGGACAAAUCGGUUCGAAGUGAAAAAGGGGGAGUAGGGAAAAGUGGAGGAGAGUUACCUCCAAUGGAGAAUUCUACCUCCCAUUUCAUCUCCCUGGGUACACAGGAACUGAACGCGCUGUUCUCGACCGAUGGGAUUCUUCAAAACCGAAGCGACAACCCCGCCAUGUCGAGGAGGAUAAAAUUCUUGUGCAUGGAUUUCCUAAAAUUAAACAAUGUUAAUGAAAACUGUGUUAUCAUUACAAGCAUAGUAAACGUGGACGAAAAAAAAAAAAAAAAAUUGGAGAAAAUCCUCCUCCGCUCGCAAAUUUUAAAUGCCUUCGUGUUUGCUCAGGAGAAUUAUAAAGAAAGGACCAAGUUGAAGUUUAAGUUAGUUUCUCGCUUUGUGUCAGAUGGACAGAACAUCAUUUUGGUUCAGCUCUUUGGACACCUUCGACGCGGCGUGUACGACGAGACAUGGGACGAUUAG